AUGUCUGCUCCCUCAUCAAUCAAUAUUGCCCGACCGGCUCUCCUCGAAAAAUCCAACAACAUCGCCCUCCCUCCCGCACCUCCUAGCACCACAGAGAAGCUCGGAAUAUCGCCCAUUGAUCCCAGUGUCGCUAUUAUGUCGCGACCUGCCGUCGCUGGUCAGAAACGCACAAUUGAUCAAGUCGACGCGGACCAUGGCAUGAGUCGCUCAGCCAAUGGCUCCUUCAGUCGGCCAGGGCGAGAGGGGAGAUUCCGUAUCUACGAAGAGCCUUCGCAAACAAAGGUGGACAACAAUGGAAAAGAGGUAUGUCUAGACUACGAACACAUCCCAAGACGAGACAACAAUGCUUACCCGUCAAUCGAGGCAUCCUCCCCGCAACAGUCAGCGGCGGUCGCCGAGACCCAUCAUGACGAACACAAACAAGAAUCUCCAGAGAAUAGUGCCAUGUCAUCACUUUUCAAUUUGAGCCAAGCUUCUGAGAACAACCUCCCCAGAACACGAGUCGCAAAGCCUCGAAAGAACAUAAACAAGUCAACCACAUUCGGGUCUGCAGUCCCGACAGAUCCAGAACAACGACAAUUAUUUAUUGAGCAAAAAGCGAACUUGCUUCGAGCCCGAAUACAAGCUGCUAUGAAAGUUAUGGACCGCAAACAAAAUCUCGAUUCUCGUCUCGCAGAAUUCGAGGCUCGUUACGAGGAGCAGAAAAGACAAUGGGGAGACACCAUCGAGCACAUUAACAAGAACGCGGAUGUUUCUUCGAUGUAUAAAAACACCCCCAAGCGAAAGGUUCCUAGACUCGACCCGUCGCCAUCACUCCUCGAGCGAGGCCAUGCAAUUACAAUGCCAUCUUCUCCCCCGGUGUCAAACACGAGCGGAAUUACCGAUAAUGAUGAGACUCCCAAACAGAGUAAUGCGACUUUCAGUCGUCAGCCAAGUGGGUUGCUCUCUCCGAUCCAACUACCAACUCCUGGUAACCGUUCUCACGGCACUCCGAUCGUCGACCAAAAUAUCAACUGCUCAGUCGAAAAAAUGAUGGCUACGGUUAAGCGAGGAGAAGCGGUGGAUGGUCUUUUGAAGUUGAUGGAAACUACUACGGAGUACGAUGGGCUGGACGAAUGGACUGGCUAG